AUUUCUAACACCUUCACCGUGUUUGUUUUCUGGGUCCAUAAAAGUAAAUUGAAACGAACAAGCUUUCUUGUUAUUAACUUGGCUGUGGCGGAUCUCCUUAUUGCACUCACAGAUACUGUAGAGGUCGGAGCAUUUGCUCUUCCAAGACAUAUCGGGUCAAACGAAACUAUUACGGAGAUGAAAGGUAGCAUUGUAACCCCUUUUGUAGCAUCUUUCUCGUGUGCAUCUGUGUUUUUUCUCGUGCUGAUUUCCCUGGAACGAACCUUUGCUUUGAUUUGGCCGCUUCGACAUCGUGUAACAAGCAGAAAGGUCUACACCUAUCGCGUGGUUAUAGCGUGGCUUGCUGGGAUAACUAUAGGUGUAUUCAGUUUCCUUGCUGUGGUUAGAAAAUAACAAGUGAAGUGUUUUGCAGUUGCUGCAACAAUCAUCAUUGGUUUCUCCUUGAUUAUGAUUCGUGUGUCUUACCUGUCCAUCAGGAAAAAAAUAAACAACAGAACUCCUGCUAUCGACUCAGAGCAUAACAGACUCUUUUUAUCACGAUCGGUGUAUCUCCUGCUUUGUGGGUUCCUAGCGUUACAUGGUACAAUGUCAGUCUAUGGUUUCCAAGCCUAUUUCCUCAUUUUGUUGCUCACCUUUCCACAAUGGUACAUUUGACUAAUUCUCUUGUUAAUCCAGUCAUUUAUAGUUUAAAAAUGCCAAUAUUCAGGAGAAGCUAUGAACAAUUGAGAGACAAGAUAAAACUUGUCAAGCGAGCGAAAACGUACACGGUAAAUUAAUUAGAGCCAGAGUAUUAGAGCCAAAAAAAAAUUAAAGGUUUGUUUAUAGUGGAAAGUGCACUUAGCUUAUCCAGCUAGUUUACAGGCACUCCACUCAAAUAAUUCUGAAACAAAUGAUGCAAAUAGAACAUAACAGGAAUAGAGUCCUUUAGAUUCGAGGACCAGGACGGCUACGAGUACGAGAUUGUACUUAAAGUUUUUUCGCGUCUUCUCAAAAUGUAGACUUCCCGGAAAGCUUCAUUUUACCAUUUUUCACUAGAAAAGUUAGCAUUGUAAUUUUUAGUGAAGCAGGUUACGCGCUCUCUUGAUCGCAAAAUGAUACAACUUUUAAAUUUGAUAUCUUGUUUUCGCCACCUCAACAUUUGCGCGAAAACUCGUAGUAGAAUGACGACGGCUACCACGUUUUCCCGCCAAAAUGACGCUGGUUCACGCGCGUACACUACUUAGUAUUGAGAAAAUCUCGUACUCGUGGUCGUACUCGUCUUAGAAUCUAAAGCUCUCUACUAAAAAUUCCAACUGGCGGGAGGCUGCACCAAUUGGCUAUUUACAAGUGUGACCGAGGAUUUGAACUGCGGACGACCGAGAUAUCUUUGUUAGUUACUACUCAAACUUGGAAGCCAUGAAAAGUCCAAUCGCGUAACCCUAAGCCAGUCAGAAUUGAUAAGCAUAGAUUAUUUAAAGAAAAAACCAGAGCGGUGCGUUUGUAAUAUUUCUUUGUAAUUUCAUUUUCUUACCAUCAACUUAGGCCAGGUUAGGCAAACGAGGAAAUUAUUUUCCUCUUCUUAUAAAUGAUUGAAGAAAUAUUUUAUUUAAACCAUCAAUUGAUAAAACCUGGGAUUUGUGGAUGUAGGAUGGUAGAAUGUUAGCCCAUAUUUAUAAAAACAGAAAAGAAAAACAAUUCAAAUUUUCCCUCGAUGUUUUGUGUUUUAUUAUGAUUAGUCAGUAAUUUUAUUGUUCUUGUUCUUGCUUGCUUGCUUGUUAAAUUAUAGUACUACGCAUCUUUUCUUUGACUUCUUUUAAAGACAAGAAUUUUGCGAAGAAAAAGAAACUGGAUUCACUUGUUAAAACGGAAUCCAUCAGGAAAUUGAGUAAUUUCAACUUUGAGUAGACAAAACCUUGAACCGGAAUGAUUUAAACAAUAUCGCAUUCUUUUUUUACUUUUUUCAAGGGCUGUAGAUACAAUUCUAUCUAUAAUAACACCGACUUUUUCUAAUGGGAGCCCGAGAAAAUUAAGUGUCAAAUUUCACAAGAAUUGUAAAAACACAGGUAAAAUUCUGAAAAUUUCAUGUGUAAGAUGUCAUUUUGUGAAAUCUGACAUUCGUUAAAUUUUCUCGGGCUCCCAUUGGAAAUUUUCUUCGGUGUUAUUACAGAAACCUAAUUACAUUCUGUAGCCCUUGAAAAGUGUAAAAAAGAAUGCGAUAUUGUUUUAAUUAUUCUGGUACAAGGUUUGUGUCCACUGAAAAUUAAAAUUACUCAAUUUCCUGAUGGAUUCCUUGUUAAUAAUUUAUUUUUUCAACCUUAUUUUAGCUUCACAUGUCCAGUAUUGAAAUGAUAAUUUUCUUACAUUUGAUCGUUUCGUACUGUAAACAUUGUACAUAUCUGAUGUUAGCUGUUUUAUUUUUUGUUUAUUUUCUUCUAUAGAUAAUAGAUUUCCUUAAUUUACACUCAACCCCACAGGCUUGUUAGCUUUUAUCGUUCGUGUCAAAAUAAAUGCCUUCAGUUCUUCAUCAUCAUCUUGUUCUUCUUCCUUUUGUGUUGAAGUGAGAUAUGUGAAUCAGUCUCUCAAAUUAAAUUGACUUGGUGUUCAAUAAUUCAUUAUCUUUCAUAAAGCUCUUUUGGUACAUUGUGUUAAUAUGAAGGGCUUUUUCAAGCCAAGGUAGUUCAGGUAACGUUAUCACACCGGUAGGCUCUCAUGCGGAUUAUAAUCUUCUCCGAAAAAAGAAACUCAGACAUGUAACUUUAUCCCUGUCGUUAUGACAAAUGAUACGGCAGCCAUUGUAGUUUUGUGCCUUCUUGGUCUUCUAUCCGUCUUUGUUUUUAUUUCUAACACUUUCACUGUGUUUGUUUUCUGGGUUCAUCGAAAGAAACUAACGCGAACAAGCUUUCUAGUUAUCAACAUGGCUGUGGCGGACCUCUUUACUGGGCUCACCGAAAUAAUAGAGGUCGCUGGUGGGUGGACUUUACCAGAUCAAAUCGACUCAAACAAAACAAUCCAAGGAGUCAAUGAAAGCGUUACACCUUCUUUUCAAAUCUUAUCCUCCUCCGCAUCUGUAUUUUUUCUCGUUCUGAUUUCUCUGGAACGAGCCUUUGCCUUGAUCUGGCCGCUUCGUCAUCGUGUAACAAGCACUAAGGUUUACAUUUACAGUGUGGUUAUCGCAUGGUUAACUGGGAUAGCUAUGGGCAGUUUUAUUGCUUUCCUUGGAAUCUGUAAUUUAACGUAUUUCGCGGUUGGUGCGGCGGUCAUCAUCGGUUCCUCCUUGUUUACGAUUUGUGUGUCUUACCUGUUUAUCAGGAAAAGAAUUAACAAUAGAGCUCCUGCUUUCGACAAAACACAAAGCAGAGUAAGUGUUGAACAAAAUACAAAACUCUCCAAGACUCUUUUCAUCGUGAUAGGAGCAUCUGUUGCCUUAUGGGUUCCUAGCCUGACAUGGUACAAUAUCAGUGUUUGGUUUCCACGUCUGUUUCCUCAUUUUGUGAUUCACAUUUUCACAAUGCCACUUAUCACCAAUUCCCUUGUCAAUCCAGUAAUUUAUAGCUUAAGAAUACCGGUAUUCAAAAAAACCAUACAACAAGUGAGAAAUAAGCUUAAAGUUGUUGAGCGAUCAAAGAGUUAUAUAUUUAGUUAAAAUGUUCGACACGUUUUAAGGGAGCUUUUACACCUCAACAACCUGUAUUUUAGUUGAUCAAGUCUAAGUAAAAAAUCUUCUAAUCCUCAAUUUCAUGCAAAUUUAGAAAAAACACUCUGCCGAUUUGCAGCAAGUUUAUAUUGGUAUAAAACACAUUUGUCGAAUUUCGAGCUGACUUUUAGCGCCAGCCCGAGGGCACAAUACGGUAUUUCCAACAAAAUGCUGUGAAAAUGUGUCUUGUGCGGCUACUCUCUAAUCAUUUAAUUUUUUUUUUAGAAUAUGCCAACAUGUACCGUAAAAGAUAUUACUGAAUGUUCAAAGACAUUAGGAAAUCAAAUAUAUAGAUUUAGCCAGGGCUAAAAGCGAGGCUCCCAUUAUAUAUUCAUAAUUUAAAUCAAAAAAUAAACUUGAAUUCCACAAUUCAGUUAACUUUAGAGCACAUAGCACAUUCAUGUGAGGGAAAGGCUAAGUGAUUUUAGAGAAAAAUAAUUUGCAAACAGCCCAAGAGUGAACAAAAUCUUACAUCGAGUUGAUAACCUCAUAUGUACACCCAAAAAAUAGCAAUCAUCUUCGAUCACAUUUAAGAGCCAUAAUGGCUCUUGAUCACCGUAAGAUUAAUUAGGCCUGGAAAAAAAAAUCAGGUUGAAUUUUUUUGCGUUCGACAAGUUUACUUUACAAAAUCUUGCAAACAAAUCUGGUUGCGUGUAAACCAACCUUUUAUACCAUUUAUACAUCACAUCUGAGGUGAAACAGUACUAUGAGGUACUGUUUUUAUCAUACAGACCUCGGACAGAAUUCAGUAUUUCACAAUUUUGCAACAGAAAUUGCACUCAUUCAAUAUUCAGGACGAUCGAAGCACGCGUGGCCUUUUAGCUAAACCGUUAAAAAAAUGUCCAAAAUCACAUAUACAGCCAGCCGGUUCUCACUUUUGCAGUGCGAGCUGUAGCGAAUGUUUGAACGAACAUACUAGAGUUAAGCUCCAACAUAAUAAAGAAAUUAUUAUGUUUAUUUUUUAUUUAAUGGUUUUAUCGAUCUGUAAUCUUUAAAAGCGUUUGAUACGCGCGGCAUUUUGAGUACUCCUGCAAGCGAUGUUUAUGAACGCCUGAAAACAAACGGCAAAGCGAUGAAAAUUACAAGAGAGACUACCAAAAAUCAAUAAAGGAAAUAUAAUUCGGCGAAACAUAUACAGAGACAACAUUUUUCAUUCACGAAGACAAAUAUUAAAGUGUCUCUAAAAAUCCUGAGUCUUCAAGCUUAAAAACCGGCUUCCCGGUAUUUACUUUUUUCACAGAUGAACUCGAGGCAAGAAAAUCGCUCAAAGCUUUCUUUUACUGUCAGAAUUAUAACUAAAUGUUCUUUGGAACGUUUUCUUUCUAUCUGCGGUGAGAAAAUGUCUAAAGACUUUUUAAAGGUGUGUAAGCUUAUAUCAAGUUUACCUGAUUCUUGGUCAGAUCAAAUUGUCUCAAAUCUUACAAACGUGCAUAAACUACAUAGCCGCAUAAACUACGCUCGACUUCUUUAAAUUAGAUAUAAAAAACAAACAUCAAACACAAUAAUUACUGAGGCUUACCAUUCGAGAUGCAGCUCCUGAAAGGUAUCAAGUAAGGCCAGUAUCGCUUCAGAGUUUUCAACCUUUACGCAUCAAGCAAGGUGGAAAACAAAAACGUUGACAUCCGAAAUCGGAUUCCCGACUUUGACAAGUGAUGUAUUAAUUUCUCAACCAAAAACCAACUAACCAUGAAUAACAGAAGGCUACAGAUAGCAGCUAAAUUUCAUUUUGUGCAUCCAGUGAAAAAAGAGAGUUAAAAACAUCACAAGUUGACACAAAACUCUCUCAGCUUCAGCUGUCAAAGUAAACAAGAUUCAAGAUGCUGCAUAAAUUUUCCGCAUGAGCUCACCUGUCAAAUUUUGACCAAUCAGAGCAUAAAAAAUGGACGUAGAGCGUGACCAACGCGUGACCAUGGUGAGCAAAGUCAAAAGCAACUGUCUUGCCUGUAAUAGCUGGCUGAAUUUUCGGGUCCGAGGUCAGUUUUAAAUCAAAAACAAAACAUAUUUCAUAUGAAUGAAAAAAAAAUCAAACUUGAGCCUGCGAUCAUUUGAAAACUAGUAACUUGUCAGCGGAUAACUUCAAAAAAUACUUGACCUCGAUGGGUUAACACCUGAGCCCGCGAUACGGUCAAGUGAUACUGGUCAGCGGAUACCCUGUUUCGACAGCUGUCAAUUGAUCAAAACAUUGAUGUCUAAUGGAUGUGUGCAUUAUCAGUUUUCCUGUGCUCACAAACUAGCUAGAAAGUAUGAGAUUGAAUAUUGAUCGCGAUCUAGUAAAACAACUGGUCAGCGGACAGCUUCCAAAUAACUCACGUCACCUUGAUGUGUUGACACAUGAGCCCCCGAUAUGGCAAUGUGAUACUGGUCAGUGGCUAUCCUGUUUAGACAGCUGUCAAUUGACCAUAUCGUGAAUGGCCAAUGUAAAAGAUGUGGAUUUGCUAAGACACGCCUGAGACACCCCUCCCUUCCUUUUGAUAGUCUCCCCUACCCUACCCGUACAAUCUGUAGACGCGUACGUACGUACGUACGUACGCUCGGUCAGUCACGUGACAACCAAAAGAAAAGAGGUUGACCAUAUUCCAUGAGUAUGGGGCUCUGUCCCACGCGCGCUUCGCGCGCGAGGGAGCCCCGCUAAUAUAUAUUAAUCACACAUGGAUUCAUCUAUCCGCUUUAAUAAAUAUUCGAUAACUCACCCACUGAACUGUACAGCGAAAAUCACUUACAUUAGAUUCAAAUUGACGAAUGUUACUAUCCACAGCAUCGUUAUAUUUAUAGGAAUAUAGUCAAACAAAACAAACUGUUAUUGCAGCACUAUGGAUGUCCUCCCUCCAUCCGGUAUAUUAUCACAGUAAUCAGAUUCGCUGCAAAUUCUCUCCAUGCAAUAUAAAGUUGUGUUAAGCAAACUAAAAUGAACUUACUACUUUUUAAUUGGACCAUACCCAUCUAUAACUCAUUGGUGACUGAAAAGUGACAUUAUUAUCACUUGUUGCCCUGCUUGCUUUGGCCACCGUAAUUAAUAUCUAUAGACAAUCUACUGUCUUUCGUUCAAUACGCAGCCAUAGGGUUAGUUUUUUUCUUGUACUCGUUUCACUGGAAAGAGCCUUCGCCUUGAUUUGGCCGCUUCGACAUCGAGUAACAAGCACAAAGGUUUAUAUCUACAGCGUGGCUAUUAUAUGGUUAGCUGGAUUGAGUCUAGGUGGACUUAAUUAGGUGCACUUAGUUUCUCAACCACGAAUGGUAUCAUAUACGUUCGACAAUAUUUAUUCGCCUACUCUAUCAUCACUUUUUUAUCUUUAUUUGUAAUUUGCUCGUAGUAUCUCUUAAUCCGUAAAAGACUUUACGACAGGAAUUCUGCUAUCAAUAAAGCAGACUGUAGAAAGCGUGUGGAACAAAGCGCAAAAUUCUCCAAGACUCUCUUUAUUGUGAUAGGCGCGUCUGUUACUUUGUGGGCUCCAAGCAUGACAUUGUACAACAUCAAUAACUUGUGGCUCGGUUUGCUUCCUGGGUUUAUGAAUUACCUUACCAAUUUCCUACAUGUUACAAAUUCUCCCGUGAACCCAAUAAUUUACAGCUUUAGAGUAGAAGUGUUCAAGAAGACUUUAAAGCAACUCGCAAAUAAGCUGAAGAUUUGCAGGCCAUCAAAACGUUACACGAUUAGGGAGAAAAUCUAAUUCGCUUAUCGACAAGUCAAAUUAAUUAGUUGAAUAAAUGUUAAGUUACCGGGACAAGUUUCUGUAUAAACCCUCCACAUCCACAUCACAAAACUGGCUUUGAAUUUUCCAUAGUUGCCCGUUGUAACUAGAUAAAUAAUGAUCCUACAAAUUCUAUUUGUAAAUAAUAAUAAACAAGCCUUUCAAAAAUUAAAACCUGUUAUUUUUCCUGGGUGUUAUUGUCACCCCUUUGCUAGUGGCUCAUUCACUUUACUUCCACAGAUAACAUACGAUAGUGAAUGAACACUAUUGAAUUUCCAAAUGGCAUAUAGGGGAUUCCGUGUCUGUUUUGUCAUCUUUCCUACUUGAAAGGUUUAGUAAUUAAUUGGAGUCAUGGUGGGACUAGGAGGGUGGUUAAGGUUCCAGGAUCGUCCAAGAUGUGAAAUUUUACUGGGUGAUCGGCCAACAGGCGGUGUAAUGUAAGAAAGAUUUCGCUUGAAAAUGCCGGUGAGGAGAGCUGCGAUCGGUCAGAACAACUAGCUCAGAACUCUUGUGGUGUUUUAAGACACUGCAUUGAUGCCAAGGAUAUAAAGUGAGUAGUAAGUAUUUAGGUAAGUAGUUUAUUUAGACACGUAACACCUAAGAGCUUACAAUCACGUGAUAUACGGCAAACCUACCUUAAAACCUAAACGGUACCUAAGUUAAAACUAUAAAUACCUCAGAUAUAAUAUCUAUUUUGAUAAAAAAAAUACAGUCUUGCAAAAAAGAUUCAAAGAUCCAAUAUUCAACAAUUGAACGUUCAGUAAAAGCUCACAAACAGUGAUUACGAAGAAUAAAAAAGAUUCAUAAAUAGUAAUAAAGAUAAAAAUAAUGUAGUUACAUAUACAAGUGGACUUAAGUUUCCAUUAGACCUUUUCCUUAUUAGGACGAUGCUAGGAAAAGGGUUAUGCCCUGUAAGAAACUGUAUGUCCCGGAUGACUGUCUGUGAUGGGGAGAGCUUAAGCCAAUCAGAAAUCAGGAUUUAAGAUAAAAUAUUGGACUUGCCAGUUAUCUUGGUAUUUAACGACAGAAAACCAUCAAUCGUGGAUGUAUUAGUGCCACCAAUCUGUAUCACAGCACAGGCUUUCGCAUAACGAAGAAUCUUCUCGCUCGGUUCUCGCAAUCUGGGUGCCGUUAAACAGUGCACGGAGCUAAAACGUCACUAAGUUAACGAAGGCUUCAAUCUACUGUGAGUAGGAGUAUACUAAUGUCAGAACAAACAGCAACCAUUGCUUCCCUUUGUGUUUCCACUCUUCAAUCUCUCAUCGUAUUCGCUGCUAAUUUUCUGACCAUAGCUGUGUUUUGGAUUCACCGCAACAAACUAAGACGAACUUACUUACUUCUUAUCAAUUUGGCCGUGGCCGAUCUUCUCGUUGGAUUCGCAUACAUGACACCACAUUUGACGGUGUUAGCACUUCCUAGUUACACUGGAAAAUCUAAACUUAAUUUUACGACUUUUGACUAUCUUGUAAUCCAAUUUCAAGUUACAUUUUUAAGUACAUCGAUGUUCUUUCUGGUUCUUAUUUCUCUGGAACGUGCAUUUGCUUUGAUUUGGCCGCUUCUUCAUCGAACAACAAGCACGAAGACGUUCAUCUACGGUGUCGGCGCCGCUUGGUUAGCAGGUGUUUCAUUGGGUUCAUUAACCUGGCUGGUUAGCUACGGAAUCUUUGAGAUUUCUCACUAUAUCCUCACAUUUUCAAUCGUAAUCGUCUUAUCACUAGCAACGAUGUGCACAUCAUACCUAGCAAUCCGAAAAAAACUUAAACGCAGUGACCCCACAAUCGUUACAACACAUCAGCGCAAAAUGGUUGAGCAAAACACAAGGAAACUUUCCAAAACUUUGUUCCUUAUGACAGGAGCAUCUGCUGCCUUUUGGGUUCCAAGCCUUGUUUUAUUUUCUUGUCUUAAUUUCCCUCCAGGAAUGUUUCCUGAAUUUGUGAAAUAUUUGUUAACCAUGAUUCAUCUGUGCAAUUCCGUCGUAAAUCCAUUGAUUUACAGUCUGAGAAUGCCAAUGUUCAGACAAAGUCUUAGACGAUUUAGACUUGUAAAAAUUCGAAAGCAGCGGAAAAAAUACAUAGUUAAUUGA